AUGAGAUCGCCUGGCAGCCGAAUAUGCUAAUGUAACGUCCAUACAAAUACAUUUGAUGCCUACAGUUCAUUCUGUGAACUGGCAUUAUUUGAUAUUCAUUAGCCAGUCUUUGAGCUGGUGAUUUAGAAGGCAGAAUUAUCGUGAAAACCAAACAAGACGGAAUCAAACAGGACGACUAAGGGAAUUGAGUUUAGCGCUCCGGGUGUGAAUAUUUUUUGUCGCGUGAUUCACAAAGUGUUUUGACUACAAUACCUGCCGUCCGAAAUCUGCCAAAUUAUUUCUAGCUUUUCUAUAUUCAGUGGAGACUAUGUUGAUUACUUCGCAAAGAUCAGUAUUUUUUUGUUCACCUAAAUAAACCGUUCUUGAGUCUUAAGCGAAGUAGGCUUCGAGAAGACUUCAUUUUCCCUAAAGGCGAAAAGUGAAACCCCGCUGUACGUGUUCCUAAAAUUAAUUGUUAUUCAAAACAAACUUUAUUGUAAGUAUAGUAUUCCUCUUCGUAUUUUAAAUAUCUGAAAUAUGUGACCGAACGAUUCCCUAGCUUUUAGUUUUUAAAUUACUUCUUCCUCACACUUCACAUUUGCUAUGUUUGCUGAUCGAUUGAGGCAAAAUGGUUUUCGCAAACAUACACUACUGUUUUAUUUACAUUUCGUCCUAUAAAUUUCACUUGAAAUGCGAAAUUCAAAUACAGAGCAUUAUGAUGAAAAUGGGAUGUUUUGAGUUGUAAACUGGCCUAAAUUGCAUAUUCUAUGCCUUGCAAAUGGCUGUAGAGAAAGGAUAUGGGGUAUUUAUCAUUCAAUGUUUCCGGACUUCAUCCGGUUUUCUCACAGCUAUCGGCUGGAUUCGUUUUCGUCAGGCUUUGGAACAAUGGACUCUCUUCUCCUCUAAAGCUUGAUAACCUUAAAAACGAACUGAGCCGAAACAAAUAUAUUCGUGAUUUUAAUGAUUGCGUGUUUUCCGUGGUUCUAAACUGUCGUGACUGCCGCCAUAGUGUAAAUCUAAUUGCCCACUUUCGCGCCGGACAAUUCGUUCGACACCACACUUAAGGUGAAAAAAUACGCGGCAUAUUUCAAUAGGUGCAGUAAAGCCCAACAGCGCCUCCUCGAGAAAUUCACAAUACUAUCUCAUUAGCUGUCAUUUACCUCGUCCCGUCAACAAAGCCAGCACAACAUCCUUCACUCAAUUAUCCCAAAUUAUGCGUGGAUCCUGUCAAUAUUGUUCGAUUUCGGGACAUCUGCUAGCAUGAGCUGGGAUUGGGUGUUCGACAGCAAAGCCCUUCUAAUGCAACAAAUUUCGUCCAAUAAGGAAUCAGACGGUCACAGGCAAUUUGCUUCUAUGGGCCAACAAACGCACCCAUCGCUGACAACAUUCAUUUGCCGAAUAUUCUGGUUUGAAUUCGGGCGUAUUCCUUUCGAAGAUGUCGUUCGAAAGGUCCUCAUUCCGUCGCAAUUUUCAGGGUUGGGUUGAAUUAAACUACGGAGAAAAUAGCCGGACGAAGACAAUCACACGGAAAAAGUUCAACAAAAUCUGCAGAUAUUUGCUGGGAGAGCCCCAGAUCGAAACUGAUGCAAAAUUUCGCUUCUGGGUCAAGUCGAAAGGAUUUCGAAUCGCUCAUACCGAGGAUGGUCAAGAUUACGGGGUUUUAUAUGUUCCUGUCAAAGUUCCUCAUACACGAAGCGUGGAAAUGUUGUACCCAUACGAACCUGACAAGAUCGGACAAUCCGCUCGCAGCCAAGUUGUCGAAUAUCGGAGGGUCGCUGUAGCGGACGAUUUUUUUGAUAUCAUUAGCAGUGUGCACAUAAAUGAAAGGGGAGUUCAUGUUGGACAGAAAAAGACCUACAAAGCGGUUGCGAACACCUACGCAUUCCUCCCCCGUGAGGCAGUGUCGUAUUAUCUGAUGAGUUGUAGUACCUGCAAACAGAGGAUCCAGCGGUUUAAUUCAAUCCUCCUGAAACAUGGCAGACCGCUGUCACCUGUUUCUGACUUGGGUCGGGAAUCUCCCUCUUCUGAUCUAGUGAGUAGCUUUAGACUAAAAUUGAUAAAUAUUAAUGUAAUAUAAUGGGCAUAGGUAAUCCGGUUUCGAGUUCAGUUUUGAAUUAAUUUCCAAGAGUAAGUUUUUCAAAAAGCUGAAAUUGCAAGAGCCGCUUCGGCAAGUGCAAUUUUAGCAUUUUGGAAAACUCAAAAUUGCAAAUUAAUUCCAAAUUGAACGAGAAAAAGCGUAUGAUUACUUAUUAAUAAUAUAAACAUGAAAACAUUCGCGUGGAGGAGGUGCCGCAAGAUCUUUCUUGAAGCCAUUUUUUCUCAAUCCAGAAAACUUUUUUCAAAGUAUCCGCACAAAAUUUUCGUCAUCAUUUUACGUGAUAUCAUUGGCUUAGAAAUUUCCUAUUGCCUUUCAGCCAAUCAUGAUCCAGAUUUAAGAUGUGUAAUUUGCACUGGUGUAACAUUUUCUUGCACUGUUGUUACACUUGAACUGCACUGCUCUCAGCCAAUCAGAAUCGAGUAAUUUUU